AUGGAAAAAGAUUUGGCAGCGUUUUAUGAAAGUGAGGCACAGGGAGCUCAGGUAAAACACCACCGUGAAUAUGUGAGUUUAGCCCAUGAUGUGAACAAGUCCGGUAAACACCACCGUGAAUAUGUGAGUUUAGCCCAUGAUGUGAACAAGUCCGGUAAACACCACCGUGAAUAUGUGAGUUUAGCCCAUGAUGUGAACAAGUCCGGUAAACACUACCGUGAAUAUGUGAGUUUAGCCCAUGAUGUGAACAAGUCCGGUAAACACCACCGUGAAUAUGUGAGUUUAGCCCUUGAUGUGAACAAGUCCGGUAAACACCACCGUGAACAUGUGAGUUUAGCCCAUGAUGUGAACAAGUCCGGUAAACACCACCGUGAAUAUUUGAGUUUAGCCCAUGAUGUGAACAAGUCCGGUAAACACCACCGUGAAUAUGUGAGUUUAGCCCAUGAUGUGAACAAGUCCGGUAAACACCACCGUGAAUAUGUGAGUUUAGCCCUUGAUGUGAACAAGUCCGGUAAACACCACCGUGAACAUGUGAGUUUAGCCCAUGAUGUGAACAAGUCCGGUAAACACCACCGUGAAUAUGUGAGUUUAGCCCAUGAUGUGAACAAGUCCGGUAAACACCACCGUGAAUAUGUGAGUUUAGCCCAUGAUGUAAACAAGUCUGGUAAAACACCACCGUGA